CAUGUUUACAUUCCGUAAAUUAUAAUACUACAGUGCUUUAAUACUGUGGAUGAAAGACAAGGUCACUACAUUUAUUGUAUGAGAUCUAUCUAGUAACAUAAUAAAUGUCCUACGAACAAAUCUUUGAAGGCGAUGAGGAAGAUAUAAUUAAACCACGAACUUAUAUCCCCAAAUAAACUACGGCAAUUACGUCAUGAUCGAUGGAUCUCCGAGACUGGGAAACCCCUUUCUCCGUCGACGUCGUUUCGGCACCUCGCUAACAUAGCAAGAGUAUGACUGAUGAGGAUACCUGAUUCUUACUCAAAAGCAUGGAUUCAAGAGGGCAAGAUACAUGGGAAUGCUCAAGGUGUACUUAUCAGAACAGCAUUGGUGUGAAGGAGUGUCAGAUUUGUCAUCAGCAACUGGGGCUUCACAAUAAGUCAUCAUGGCAAUGCACAAACUGCACUAUGUUUAGCACUGAUCCUCACCAAUGUGAAACAUGUGGUCAGCCACGAUUGCUUGAAACCAUUCAGACUGGGCAAAAACAUAAUGACACCGAAGAACAGGCCUCAAAUAAUCAGACACAAGAAGCAGGGUCAAAGGGAAGAUUUGAACAAAGCAAGAAUUCAGACAGCUCUGCAGGGGCAGGCUGGUACUGUAAGAAAAAAGACUGCAAUAACUUCAAUGCUGUUGAGCUGUAUCGGUGCAGCAAAUGUGAUGCUGUCAAACCAUACCUGACAUCUGCAACUCCACCACCAGUAAGACGGCCUAUUAGAAUUGCAUCUGGUGAAGAAAAAAAUGGUAACAUGCGCCACAUGCCUGAUGCCAAUCAAGACUCUGAUGAAAGGACAGGUUAUCAGCACCAGGCUGCCAGGUUAGAUGCAGAGAGGUGGAACAUAUCUUCCAGUGUGGAUACUGCACUGACACUAGAUGAAACUACCAUUGACUUUCCAGACGAAGAGUGCCGCAUAGUUUUGGUAGGAAAAACUGGCAGCGGUAAAAGCUCCACAGCUAAUACUAUUGUUGGUCUAGAGAGAUUUAAGGUUAGUCCUGCAUUCAGUUCCACGACGACAAAUUGUCAGCGUUAUAGACAAGAUUGCUUUGGCGUGCCAGUAGAGGUUGUGGACACACCAGGACUUUUUGACACAAGCUUAGAUGAGGAAACCGUUAUACGAGAGAUUGCCAGGUGUGUGGCAAUAGUCUCCCCUGGUCCUCAUGCACUUAUCCUGGUCCUUCGCCUUGGUAUUAAGUUUACUGAGGAGGAGAACAAAGUGGUGGAUCGGGUUCGGGACCUUUUUGGGGUGCAGCUAAUGAGGUAUCUCAUCAUCGUUUUCACUUGCGGAGACACUCUGGCUGAAGGCGACAGUGUGGACGAUGAUGAACUGACAUCUCUAAAGAAGAUGCUUGAAACUUCACCACCUAAGCUGAAGCAGCUUGUGGAGUCAGUAAAUGACCGCUAUGUUGUAUUUAACAACAAGGGCACACUAGAACAGAAAUCAAGGCAAGUCAAGAAGCUUCUGCUGACUGUCAAGAAACUUUUGUCGGUUAAUGGAAACAAACCAUACACAACUGAAAAGUUGAAGCAAGUGGAAGAAAUCAUAAAGAAGAGAGAACAGGAAUGGACUCAGGAGUUAUAUGGAAAACAAUUCAAAUCUGGACCACAGCUGCGGCAGGCACGGGAUUUCAUACGAGACGAAUUUACCACAAACACGCCACUCCUGGAGAAGAUAAUAGAAAUACUAAAGCCUAUCUUGUCGACAUUUCUGAAGCAGUUGGUAACUCUUCUUGCAGUGAGAGUUGCUAAAAGUUCUUGCAACAUUUCUUGAAAGAAAACUGGGUUAGCAUGACGGUGAUAAUAUUUAAUUAUUUAACUUUCGACAGGCCAGUGUAACAGGGUCUUUGCUCUUUUCUGAAAGGGAAAGCGCAUAAUUCACUUCUCCUUUAUGCUAGGUUGUUAUUGCUUUAUAUGCAAGGUGUGUGUGAAAUUUGCGUUGCGUAGGCAUUGUACUGUGCGUUGUGGAUGUGCGGUCUUGCCAGUUACACUCUUUUGUGACCAGUGUGUUACUAAACGGAUUUAAUAUUCUUGAAUAAAGUAUAUAUAUAUAGAA